CCGCGCCCUUCCGGUUCCGGUGGCCGCGGGAGCGCCCCCGUCCCCUCGGAGGGACCGGCGGGGCCAGGCGGUGACAGGAGCGGCGGCGGCGGGGCCCACCGAGCUCCCCUCGGGCCCGGCGGGGUCACCUUCAUGGGCCGGCGGUAGCGCGGGGCCCGGCGCACGGCGGUGCCCGGGGCCUGGUGACGCGUCGCCGGGGCUGAGCGGGGACCGGGAACGGCGGCGGCGGCGGGGCCCGGGGCGAUGUUCGUGCAGGAGGAGAAGAUCUUCGCGGGGAAGGUGCUGCGGCUCCAUGUGUGCACCAUGGAGGGCGCCGAGUGGCUGGAGGAGGUCCCCGAGGACACCACGGUGGAGAAGCUGAAGGAGCGGUGCCUGAAGCACUGUCUACCUGGGAGCUUGGAGGAUCCAAAAACCGUGACACAUCAUAAGUUGAUACAUGCUACUUCUGAGAAGGUGCUGACAGACACAAAAACAGUGUUGGAGGAAAACAUUCAAGACAGAGAUGUCUUGCUUUUGAUAAAGAAGCGUGCGCCACCUCCGCUCCCCAAAAUGGCAGACGUGUCAGCAGAGGAGAAAAGGAAACAAGAACAGAAAGCUCCUGAUAAGGAUGCUAUUCUCAAAGCAACUGCAAAUCUGCCCUCUCGCAAUGUAGACCGCACUGUGGCCCAUCACAACAUGAGGGAUUUUCCUUUCUUCCAGUUCCAGACAGAGCUCCGGAAGAUACUAGUGUCUCUCAUAGAAGUCGCACAGAAAUUGCUAGCACUGAACCCAGAUGCAGUUGAACUGUUUAAGAAGGCAAAUGCCAUGCUGGAUGAGGAUGAGGAAGACAGAGUGGAUGAGAUAGCUCUGCGACAGCUUACAGAAAUGGGGUUUCCAGAAAGCAGAGCUGUCAAAGCCCUUCGAUUAAAUCAUAUGUCAGUGACACAGGCCAUGGAGUGGUUGAUAGAACACGCAGAUGACCCUGCAGCGGAUGCUCCGCUGCCCGGUCAGACUCCGUCAGAAGCCACAGCUGAAGCUGGUGCAUCCUCUGCUGAAGCAACUGGGGGUCCCAGUUCAGAAGCGGGUGGGGAAGAGGCCAAGGAUGAGCUGACAGAAAUAUUCAAGAAGAUCCGGAGGAAAAGAGAGUUUCGUCCAGACCCACGGGCUGUCAUUGCCCUGAUGGAGAUGGGAUUUGAUGAAAAAGAAGUGGUAGAUGCACUCAGAGUAAACAACAACCAGCAAAAUGCAGCCUGUGAAUGGCUGCUGGGAGACAGAAAGCCUUCUCCAGAGGACUUAGAUAAGGGAAUUGACACCAAUAGCCCUCUCUUCCAAGCCAUCUUAGAAAACCCAGUGGUACAGUUAGGACUAACCAACCCUAAAACUCUACUAGAAAAAACAAGGCUGUCUCCUGCUGCACAGCUUAUUGUGUGCUGAGGCCUGAUCACUGAGACGGAAGAUAACUUGUGGAAGGGUAACCAAACAAGAAGUCCGAGCUAAGGCCUUGCCUAUCAAAUUGAGAUAACCUGUGUGAAAAUACGCUUCCCCUGCUUGAGUUUCAGCUCCGUGGUAAAGUCUGCGUGUUCAUGGUCAGGAAGGCUGCGAGCACAGCAAGUGCCCAGCUGAUGAGCCUGACAGUGAAGCAUAAAUCUCUGAUGAAUUGGUGUCUCUGACGCUGGAGGACAAUACAGAAGAAUGACGUUGGCUUUGUGUUGUAUAUAAAACGUUCUGCAUUUAGUCUUUGGCUUCAAAAUUUUAUUUGAAGACUUGCUUUUAAAUAAAGGGUGUACGCGCAGCUCUUUCAAGAGAGCUUUUAAAAAUAUUGCUUUAAAUGUAAUUAGGAGAGUUUGCAAGCCUUUAAAAAAUCCAAGAGCAGAACCUUCCCACCCUGGUUUCUGAACAAAUGGUCUCUUCGUUUCCAGCGAGGGUUCCACACUGCAGCUCAGAAUAUAAAUAGAAAAUGAAAUGCCAUUAUAUGUGCUUGUAAAGCUUGGAUGAACAUCAGAGAAUAUAUUCCUAAUGACACAUCUGCAAAUUGCUUAUGUCACAGAUUUCUAAUAAUGAAUGUUUGUAUUUAAUUAGAUACUUGCAGAAUGUUGAUAAAUCUUUAGUUUUAAGCUCUUGAGCCUGUGUAAAAGAAUAAAGUGGUGAAAAGUGAGAUCUGUACUUUAUUCUGGGCUUUCUGUAGGCAUGCUGCAUGACCUUGAGCAGGGUAUUAAUGAUGAGCCUUUCGGAGGUGCUGGGUACUUACAGCUCCCACUGAUGUCAGCUGGAGCUUCGUACACUUAACGCUCCUGGGAAAAUGCAGACACUGACCUUGGUGCCGGUCUGCCAGACUCCUACAACACUGACAUUUUGGUGACUUCUGAAUAGGUCAGAUGUGCAACUGCUUUUUUUUCUGUCCUGUUCCGUAAUUACUGCUCCGAAUGUCCAGUAGUCCAGCUCAGUGUCUGUCAUAAGGCUUAUAAAUUAUUGCCUGGACCAUUUUUCUGCCAAAUUUGCAGCUUAGCUCUUGCAGUAGCUGUCUGGUUCCUUCAGCAUAAGUAAAAAUGUGCUAGUUUUCACUUUUCUAAGAAAAGCAAACAAAACAACAAAGCUUAUUGUAAAGACAGCUGUGUGUAGAAAGGAAAAAACACUCAAAUAUUUGGAUUGCUGUCGCUGUUCAGAAAUGGAGGUAAUUGUUCUGCACAGACAGAUUUUCCCCUUCUGCCUAUGUCUAGGCAGGUGGAACUGGCUGCCUCCCUGCCAUACUCAGCUCUCUAAACACCAGGAAGGAGAAAGCACUCGCUGCUCAGAGGGAAGAUGCUGCUUCCCUUUGGCUCCAGGGACCUCUAUGAAACGAUAAAGCUCUGAGAUUUGAGACUUAAGGGGCUACACUUUUGCUGGCUCCGCUGCUUAUUCCUGGGUAGCCUUUGGUAUACCUGCUUCUUAUCUUGCUGGCUUAGUUUUCUCUCCAGAGAUGUUGAGAGAGUGGCCAUAGGACAGCCGAAGUGCGGCACAGGAAAGCAGAGGUAACGGGGGCAAGGGGGUGAUGGUGCUUUCUGUGAACUGUCCUGGUGAAGUACCACGCAGGGAAAAGAUAGUGGUGCAAGAGCUAGCUAUAAAGAAAUCUAGGCUGGGAUGUAGAAAAUCUUGGAUCAGAGGACUGGAGUUGUAGAAUAGUCUUCCCAUAGGAGCAUUGGCAGCAAAUGACCCAGUUCUCAGAUGGGCUUUCGUAAAUGGAUGAAUUGCGUAGCACGUUCCCUGCUACUGCGUGUGGACGUUCGCUAAGGCUUUAGUUCUUCAAACCCAUGUCUCUGAGGUUUUGUAAGAUGGACUACGAUCCAGGCUGAGUAUUUAAUCAGCCUCUGUCUGCAGUGAAUUUAAUGCUGAGGAAUGGGGAAGGCAUAAGGGCCCGUAGCAUCCCAGUCCGUGGAGACGUAGGAGUGCAAAUGGUGAAUGUGUGACGUGUGUUCCCACCAUGUUUGGGGGACGCUUGCCCAAACUGUUCUGUUGUUGAAGCAUCCCAAGCACUGAAGCCUUUGGCUAGCGGACUAACCGAGUGUUGCAAUCUCCAUCUCU